GGGAUGAGUAGUGAAUUUAGUGAAGAGAUACUAGUUGAUAAGCUCGCCAAGCUCAACAGCACUCAGCAAUCCAUCGAGGCUCUAUCACACUGGUGUAUAGUCCAUCGCAACGAAGCUGAGUUAGUGGUGACGACAUGGGAGAAACAGUUUCAGAGGACAGAGAUGGCCCAGAAAGUGCCUCUCUUGUACCUUGCCAACGACAUUAUUCAGAACAGCAAGCGCGAGGGCAAUGAGUUCGUGCAAGAGUUCUGGAAAGUCCUCCCUGGGGCUCUCAAAGAUCUUGUUUCCCUGGGAGAUGACCGUGGAAAAGGCGUCGUCUCCAGACUGGUUAAUAUAUGGGAAGAGAGAAGAGUCUUCGGAUCCCGUUCAAAGAGACUUCGAGAUGUAAUGCUCUCAGAAGAAGCUCCACCACCGCUUGAUGUCAGUAGAAAGCGAUCACGUGGAUCCAAAUCUUCGAAAUCUGCCAAAACGAAAUUAUCAAGUGGAGGUGUGGCCGAGAAGAUAGUAUCUGCGUUUGACAUGGUUCGUGCAGAGAGCUCAAAGGAAGAGACAGAGUUGAACAAAUGCAAGUCUGCAGUUAAACGCAUCAGAAAGAUGGAGAAAGAUGUUGAAGAUGCCUGCUCCACUGCAAAAGACCCCAAGAGAAAAACUUUGGCUAAACAAUUGGAAGAAGAAGAAAACAUUCUGAAGCAAUCUGUUGAGAAACUUAAGUCUGUCGACGAAUGUAGAACAUCCCUCGUCUAUCAUCUUAAGGAAGCGCUACAGGAACAGGAAUCUGAAUUGGAGAAUCUUCAAUCUCAGAUACAGGUAGCACAAGAACAGAUCAAAGAAGCCCAAAACAUGCAGAAGCGGCUCAACGACGAUACACCUGCGAACAACGGAGCAUCAGCAGCGAAAGCCACACCUGCCUCAAUCGCUGCAAUGCUGACCGCAUCAACAAAUUCGUCGAUGAUUAUGCAUUCUGUUCUGUCUUCAUUUGCAGCCGAAGCUACACAGACUUCUGGUCUAACCAAAUCAAAUAGCUCAGACGCAAAUGCAUUUGCUCCUCAGUAUCAUCAUACAAUCCCAAACCCGGCCGCUUCUCAACAGUUUGUACCUUAUGGAUUCGGUAACAUUCCGUUAAUGCCGCCUGGACCGCCUGGAACGCUGCCGCCGCAUAUGAUGAGUAAUCAAGCAAACGCAGGUCAGCAGCAAUCGCAACAAAAUCCGAGUUUUCAGCCACCGGGUAUGAUGUAUUUUGGACCUCCACACCAUUCUUAG